AUGGCGUCUACAAUUCGUCCAGCAUCGCGGCUGGUCGCGAGACCUUCCACAGCUUCUGCCCUCAUCUCAAGACAACUACAAGCAGACCGAUCCCCAUUCCUCCGCGCCGCCACCACAGCUCAAUUUCACACCUCCAGUCCUCGAAAUGCCCUCCCUUCUGGCCCUCCCCCUCAAGGCUAUCGGUUACCUAGACCAAAGCGAUUCGACGAAGGAGAACAUGUCCUCGACAAAGCCAGUAAUUACUUUCUUUUGACUGAGAUGUUUCGCGGCAUGUAUGUCGUGCUCGAACAAUUCUUCAGACCACCCUACACAAUCUUUUACCCAUUCGAAAAGGGUCCAAUUUCCCCACGAUUCAGAGGCGAACAUGCACUCCGAAGAUACCCCUCAGGCGAAGAGCGUUGUAUCGCCUGCAAGCUCUGCGAAGCUAUCUGCCCUGCUCUGGCCAUCACCAUUGAGGCCGAAGAGCGAGAGGACGGCUCAAGGAGAACCACCCGCUAUGACAUCGACAUGACCAAGUGCAUUUACUGCGGACUUUGCCAGGAGAGCUGUCCCGUGGACGCCAUUGUUGAAACCCCCAACGCAGAAUACGCCACCGAGUACCGAGAAGAGCUGUUAUACAACAAGGAGAAGCUGCUGGCCAAUGGAGAUAAAUGGGAACCAGAGCUGGCUGCCGUCGCCAGAGCUGAUGCUCCCUACAGAUAA